AGACAAUACUUUAUAAACAAUAAUUUAUAACCUAGACAACCACACAAUUGUCUUACUUUUCUAGUGAAGUGAAUCCAAGUGUUUGUUUAAUAUCAAAAGGUGUUAUGCGAUGUCACAGUUAUUCAAGGAUGCGAGCUGGUUGACUUGUCUGUUUAUUUUGCUCUCCAGUUUCAAGAAAAUUUGAACGUGUGCAAUAUGGAUGUUGUUGAUCUUGACAAAGUUCUCGAUGAUUUUGAGUUCAAUGAACAAAAUGCUGAGGUUCCUAUAGAACAAAGCCAAACAAAAGUCUCAAAUAAUAAUGAAUUUGAACUACCCCCAGUUAGUGGUUCAGAUAGUAUUAAAAUGCUCUCAAAAGAUUUGGUACUCUCGUCUGUAAAAGGAAAUUUAGAUACUCCAAUAACGUUUACAAAUAUGAUUGAAUAUAUUAACACCAGCUCAAAUCAUUUACCUGCAAUGCAGACAACUGAAAUUCCUGAGAAAAUGUCUGAUGUUGAUAGUGAAAAUCAAUUAGUAAAGGAUGAGGACCUUGAUGUUUAUGAGUGCGAACAAACUACUGGCAUGAAAACUCAGAAUGAAAUGGUAAUUCAGGUCGAUGUUAAUAAAUUGGAAUCUAAUAUUAAUCUGUGCGAGAAUUUAACUGGAUCAAUACAACAAAAGACAAAUGUAAGUCAUGGCGAAGACAUAUCGCCAUCUAUUCAAACACCUUUAUUAUGUACUGAAGAUUGUCAAGACAUAGAAAAAGGUGAAUUUAAUUCAAUGGUAGAUAAAUCUGAUGUAGAGAAGGAAAGUGAUCUGAAAAAUAAUAGAAGUGAUGAUAGUAAUACCGAUUCGCCUGAUAAUACCAAACCAGAGUUGAUUUCUAUUAAGAGUUGCGAUAAAAAUGAAUCACCAAUCAUUUUAAAUACUAGUGCUUCUGAUUUAUAUUCAUGUAUGGAUAGUGAUAAUGCAGUUAAUUAUGAUAGCAUUUCACAGGCGUCCACAGCAGAAAUUGUAGAUGCUCAAGUUCCUAUAAAGAUCAAACUUGAUUCUAAAACAAAUGAAUUUGAUUCUAAUCUACAAACUCAAUUUACUUCUGUGGAAUCCGAUGUAAUUCAUAACACAUCCCAAAGUAUUCCGUCUAAGGUUGUUGAUUUUCAAAUUUCAUUAGAUGAUAUAUCCGAUACUGAGCUAGAGAACUAUUUACAACAAAUUGAAAAUGAGCAUAAUAAUGCAGACUCAUUUGACAAUGCUGAUGCCAAAGCUGGAGGAAAUUCUGUUAAGAGUUCUAACAUGUUUGAAACUCCAGGUUUUUCAGAUAAUAUAGUUUCUGAUUUCUGUUCAUACACACGUAAUGAUAGUGCAAUUAAUUAUGACAGCAUUUCACAGGCGUCUACUGUAGAAAUUAAUGAUACACAGAUUCCAGUAGGUACACAAGAAGUAAGCAAAACUAGUGAUUCUGAUCCACAGACUGUAAAUUCUUGUGCAGAUUCAAUCACUUCUCAUCCCAUAUCACUUAGUAUUCCGCCCACGGUUGUAGAUUUUCAAAUUUCGUCUGCAGGUCAGACUCCAAUGAACACAGAUAUAAACUUUAAAGGUUAUAUAGAAACAUCAUCUUCCUCUGAAAGUGAUUUAAGCAAACCUGGUGAAUUGGCAAUGAUUAAUCAAUUAGAUAAUUCUGUUGUCAUGCCUUCACCGGCUGAUGUAACUGCUGGAGAACAAAAUGAUAAAGGAAAUAUGACUAAUAGUUUGCAAGACCAAUUGCCUGAGCCUGUACCAAUUCAUCUUUUAGGAAAAAUUGCACCUUACUGGAUACCUGAUCAUGUUACUAGUACCUGUAUGCAGUGCAAUGUUAAAUUCACAGUUAUUAAAAGGAGGCACCAUUGUAGAGCCUGCGGGCAGGUUCUUUGCUCGAAAUGCUGUUGUAUGAAAGCCAAAUUAAUUUAUUUAGGAAAUAUUGAGUCUCGGGUUUGUUUGAUUUGUUUUGAACACUUAGCGAAUUGUUCUGAUGAUAUGAAUAAUUCUGUUGGUGCAAUUGGUGGCAAUAUAAGGGGAGCCGAUAGGCCAAACCCAAAUAAUCCGAUGGAAUAUUGUUCUGUGAUUCCUCCACAUCAGCAAGUAAGCAACUCAACCCCCAGUCCAAUUUCAGUUAUGGUACCAAUAGGUGUAUUAAAGAGGGAAGGUUCCCAAAAAAGUCGGGUAGAAAAAACUGUUAUGUUUAGUGAUGGAAUAAGACCGGGUUCAGAUUUAACCAAAUUAGAUCAUAGCUGGGAUACAAAUGAUUCAUCUACUCGUACAACUCCAACAAAUGUAUAUAAAGGGGACACAAAAGAUUUUGGAGAGGAACCAACUAAUGAUAUGACAAAUUUACAGUCACAACUAAAAAAGUUGGAUCCAAGUUGAAAUCAAGCUAAAUGCAUCCAGAACAAAAGAAAUCUAUGUAAAAGCACAAAAUGUUUUUACUUAAAUAUUUUUAUUAUCGAUAAAAGAAAUUAAAAAUUGAGGUAUAUAAUUUACAUUCCCUCAAGUUUGUA